AUGAAAAAAAAAGACAAGUCAUCGAAUCAUCAAAACAAAGAAGAGGCUCCCUCUCGUGUGUCCAUCUCUUCCAAUGAUUCUUCAGUUUCUAAAGGAAGUACUGAAGAGGUUGAGAUAAUGACAGAUGACAUGCCUGGUUCUGCUGCCAUGCUCGCAACACAAGGCAACAAACGAAAGCAUCGAUUCAGUAUUAGAAAUCUAUUGGGAGGUAAAAAGAAUGAAGUUGUCAGUCCACGUGCCAGUAGCAACCUGUCAGCUGCCACUCAAUCCACUUCAGCUUUGGAUGAUUUUAAAAAAAUGGCAAAUAUGGAAAAAUUGAGUCUAGAUGCUCCUACUUUGGACGGUUCGGACUCGAGUGAUCAAGCAUUACUCGAUUUACAACGAAGAAUUGCCGAGAAUGAUUUAAAUUCACCAAAAUCUCCACAUGGACUUUCAACGUUUAAAAGUUCAAGUCAACUCAGUAGUGUGAGCUCUCCCAAUACAGCAACGACCAUGACUGAUUUAUCUCCUUUCAAAUUGGCAGAGAAUGAAAGAAUUGUGACCAUUGAGGAAUUGGAAUUAUUGAAAAAUGUCGCUACCAAUGCUGAAGAAUUGAAAACUCAACUCGAAACCAAGAUUUUACAAUUGGAACAAUCGUUAUCAACGUUGAAACAAGAACAUGAAACUCAAUGUAAGAAAUUGGAAGAGGAGAAACAAUUGCUUUCUGACUCGUUGGACAAGUUACGUCAAGAAACAGAAUCCAAAGAUUCCAAAAUUUCACACUAUGAAGAACUUGAAAAGAAAUUGCAAGAAGAAAAUUCCAAAUUGCAGCAACAAGUUCAAGAACAUGUCAAGAUGCUCACUGAAAAAUUGCAACAACAAGAUGAAAGUGGCAAGUCCAUUGUGGAAUCUUUAAAAAAGAAUCAUGAAGAUACCAUGAACAAGAUAAAAGAAGAAUAUGAAAAGAAAAUCAAAGAACUUGAGAUUGACAAUGAAGGACUUCGUGACGAUUUGGUAAAUUUAGAUUCACGAGCAUCCGAUGUCAAGAAACAAUUAGAAAAGAAGAAUAAGGAUUUACAACUUUUACUCGAUGAAACCAAGAAGAAACUUGAAGAAGAAAUUGAAACUCUCAAAAAAGAGAGUCAAAAGAACAAACGAGAAGCAGGUCAACACAUUAUCAAUAGUGGAGGUGACGAUAAAGUGAAGGAAGAAUUUGAAAAAUUGAAACGUUGGAAUGAAGAACUCAAUGACAUGCUCUCAGUGGAACAACAAGGAAUUGCUGCUCUUGAAAAGGAACGUGACAAUCUUGCAUUACAAGUGAGUGAAUUACAAGCAAAAUUGGAAGGCACUCCAAAACUUUCCGAAGACGGAGAGCCAUUGCCUGAUCUUGGAACAUUGUUAAAACAAUUGGAAGAUGUCACAAUGGAAAAGGAAGUGUUGGAAGAAUUGAGACAAGAAGAAUUGUUGGAUUAUGAAAAAGUGAAAGAGGAGUUGACUUUGGAAAAUACCAACUUGAAAGACGAAUUGGAAAAACUUAAAAAAUCCAAAUCAACUCCGGUGGUCACUUCUUCUCAACCAUCCGCAGCAACCAUUGAAGAAAAUGGUGUCACUAAAACUCUUGAAGACAUCCUUAUGGAAAGAGAUGUCUUGGAAGAAUUGAGACAAGAAGAAUUGUUAGAACAUGAAAAAGUGAAGGAAGAUUUAAAUGCUGAAAUUGAGGUAUUGAAAGAACAAAUUGAAGAAAUCAAAAAGAAUCAAUCAACAAGUAUGAACAAUCAUGUUUCGUCCAAGAAUGACUCGACAUCACAACAACUUCAACAACUUGUUGAAAAUCUUCAACUUGAAAAUUCACAAUUGAGAGAAUCUCUCGAACUUGCCAAAAAUGUUCAAAAGAUCAUUGAAAAGGUUGAAGUUGAAAAAGUCGUUGAAAAGAUGGUUCCAGUUGAGAAGAUUGUUGAAAAAGUGGUUGAAAAAAUUGUCACGGUCAGCAAUGAUGAUGAUUCUUAUAUUAAGAAGGAACUCGAGAAUUUGAGAGAACAAGUCGAUUCUUUGAUUAAUCAAUUAGAUCAAUCGCAAGAACUUGUUCGAGAAUAUGAAAAGAAAUUGGAAAGUGAACAUCUUGUCAUGGAACAACUCAAGAAGGAAGUUGAAAAAUCUCGUUCGUUGCAUGAAGAGUUGAAAAAGAAACCAUUCGUGUUGGAAAAUUCACAACAAUUGUCAACUUCUUCCGCUGCUGUUGUUGCUGCUACAACGAUGAUUCAAGAGAAUUUGGUGAAUUCUAAAACUCCUCAAGAAGAUUCAAGUGUUAGAUCUGAAAGUUCAACAUUCUCUAAUCAACAAGUCAGUGUUGAUGAACAAGCUACACAAGAUAUUAAGCUUGUGGACAAGCCAGUGAUUGCUUCUCUUGAAAAGGAUGAUCUUUUCAAACUUCGAUCGAAAUACGUCUUGUAUUCAGAAGAUGGAGAAGAGAGUCAAACAACCUCACCUCUGCAAACUUUGCCUUCUCCAUCAACAGUUGCAGCCGUUGAGGAGGAGCCAGUUGCGGACGAAGAAAAGAAUCAAGAUGAAGAUGACAUUUAUCAACAUGAAUUGAACCAAUUUGAGAAGGAUUUGGAUCGAAUGUUAGUGAAAAAUUCAAUCAAUUUGGCAGGAAAGAUUUCAUCAUUGAAAGAACUUGAAUUGUUGUGCAUCAAGUUGAAAUAUAACAAGACUUGUAAAAUUUUGGACUUGUCAAAGAAUAGCAUUAUUGACAAUAAGGGACUGAAAGCAUUGUGUGAAAUGUUGAAGGUGAACAAGACCAUUACUGAUCUCUAUUUGGAAGAUACACAAAUUUCCACAAUUAAUCCACACUUGUUUGAUGUUUUCCAACACAAUUAUACAGUCACUAAUAUCAUCUUUUCAGAGGAUUUGGUUCCUGACUCUGAAUUGGAUAAGUUGGAUGCCCUUUUGGAUCGUAAUGAAACUUAUUAG